AUGAAAGCGGGGUUAGAUAAUUGGGUCGACAUACUUGUUCUUGUGUUGUAUUUUGUUUUCGUCUUCGUCGUUGGAAUUUUGUCCUUAUGGAGGAGGGAUCGGGACACAACCAAGGGUUACUUUCUGGCGGGAAGAUCCAUGUUUUGGUUUCCGAUUGGUGCGUCUUUGUUUGCCAGUAAUAUUGGAGCGGAACAUUUCAUUGGUCUGGCAGGGAGUGGUGCGUCAAGUGGAAUUGCCGCGGUGACUUUUGAAUGGGGGGCUGCAUUUUGUUUGUUGAUGUUGGGAUGGGCUUACCUUCCAGUUUACCUUACAUCAGAGGUUUAUACCAUCCCAGAAUUCCUGAAACGACGAUUUGGUGGAAAAAGAUUAAGAAUAUACCACAGUCUGAUCCUUCAGCUGUCUUACAUUGUUACCAAAAUAUCUGUGGACGUAUUCGCUGGUGCCGUGUUUAUCCAACAGGCCGUGGGUUGGAACACAUACCUUUCCAUUCUAGUUCUGUUGGCUGUCACUGCUAUAUAUACUAUUGUAGGGGGCUUGGCUGCUGUGAUAUUUACAGACACUCUACAGACCAUCAUUAUGAUUGUUGGUGCAACAGCCCUGGCCAUUUUGAGUUUUAUAAAAGUUGGCGGUAUUUCUGCAUUAAUGUACAAGUACUUUGAAGCCAUUCCUCAGAGUGGGGACAGUCUUGUGACAUUAUCUGCCAAUCUGUCCUUCUCAAACACCACCUACAACCUGACGGACGCCAUCUUGUCAAAUGUCACGCAGCAGUGUGGCCUGCCUCGUUCUGAUGCUUUCCACAUAUUCAGGGACCCCGUUAAUUCGGAUCUUCCUUGGCCCGGUGUGAUGAUACGAACCACUCUGAUCAGUACUUGGUUCUGGUGCUGUGACCAGUUGAUCGUUCAAAGAACACUGGCUGCCAAAAAUAUUGCGAAUGCCAGAGCAUCUACCAUCUUUGCUUCCUACCUGAAGUCUUUACCUAUGUUUCUUAUUGUUCUUCCGGGAAUGAUUAGUAGAAUAUUAUUUCCAGACACUGUUGCAUGCGUAGACCCAAAAAUAUGCAUGGAAGUUUGUGAAAACCCAGCUGGUUGCUCGAACAUUGCAUAUCCUCAACUGAUUUUAGAUCUGGCCCCUACAGGCAUGCGUGGACUUAUGAUGGCAGUAAUGAUAGCUGCCCUAAUGAGUUCUCUGACGUCAAUCUUUAACAGCGCCGCCACUUUGUUCACGCUAGAUCUGUGGGCACGUUUCAGGAAACAGGCUGCGGAGAGAGAGCUGCUGAUUGUUGGAAAGGUUUUCAUAGUCUUGUUAGUUGGAGUCAGCGUUCUCUGGAUUCCUUUGAUUCAAGCGGCCGAAGGUGGACGACUCUAUUUUACAAUUCAAGCCCUAACAGGAUAUCUGGCACCUCCGAUUGGAGGGAUUUUCUUGUUGUCGAUAUUUGUCCCUAGAGUCAACGAACAAGGUGCUUUCUGGGGGAUGCUAAUUGGACACGCUGUGGGCAUAACACGCAUGAUCCUAGACUUCAUUUACCCGUCACCUAAAUGUGGAGAACCUGACACACGCCCUUCUGUGGUUGCCGAUAUCCACUUUACGUAUUUCUCUGUCCUAUUGCUGGGUCUAUCAUGGACUGUAUGUCUCAUAGUCAGUGCUUUUACGAAAGCACCAUCAAGAAAAGCGUUGAAAGGGUUGACCGUUUGGACAACUGACAAAAUAGGACCGCGUCCACAGGAAGAUUAUACUUUGGUUUCAACAGAAGAUAAAAGAGAAAAAUCAGAAAUGAUGAAAAUCAGAGAAAUAUCGGUCGAUGUCUCACAGGAGACAAACGAAAAUUCGAAGAACGAAAUGUCUAAGGAAGAGGCAGAAAGCAGCAGUACAUCAGAGGAAAACGAGGACGGACCCGGAUUACGGAUCAGAAGAAAAUUAUAUAUGAGCAGAAAAACAAAUAUCAUCUUAAAUAUCAAUGCAGUUAUUCUCGUAGCAGUCUUUGUGUUUCUCUAUGCAAUUUUCGCAUAGAACAGCGCAUAUUAACAUGUUGAGAACAAUAUAGGUGAAUAUAUUAUAUAGCUUACUACUAAACGGAUCAAACUUCUUCCAAGAUCAGUAAUUUUCCAAUAUAUGUACAUGUAAUCUUAUUCAGUGUAGUGUAAUGUAGUGUUGACAUAUUCCUACCAUGCAAAGGUUUUUUUUCUUUUUCUUCAUAUUUACCAUAAUAUCGAUGAGUGUCCUGAACUUUGUUACGAGGUAAUGAAUCAGUGUUUUACUUUUCAUAUCGAUAUUCACCAGCGGAUAAUAAAUGAUAUGUAAGUUCAAACCUAUGAAAAAUGCAUUAAGAACAUCCAUUCAAUUAUUACUAUACCUUUUGACAAAACUGUUAUAAAGUACAUGUAUAUGCAUGGCUUCUACAACUGAUCCAAAACGGAAUUACGAAAUAUUUGUAUGUAGACAUUGUGAUUAAUUGUGUUUUUUUUAAAUACACAAUUUGACAUUUUUGUUAUGUACAGAAUCAAUGUUUAACACUGGGGAUGAUUAAGUACAGUGUAGUUUUGUAGGAAUCGAUUCCGUUUGUCAUUACGACGCUACAACUAUACUUAGUAUACAUGUACAUACAGAGGAAAUAAAUCAUAAUUUGAA